GGUUCUGAUUAUCAAAAACAAAUUCAAUUUGAUGUUAAAAAAUCUGAAACAUUAUUAACAGAAAAACCGGUAAUAAUUCAAAAGCAUAACCUCAGUGAAACAUCUACUCAAUCAACAACUACAGAUUCUCAUUUGGAUCGAAAAAUAGUACAACCACUUACAGAGGACUCGAUUGUUCGUGAAGUGUAUUUUGAAAGUAGUGAUGAUGGAUAUGCAAUAAUGCCAAAUGGAGCAUUCAUUUCACUUGUUCUUGGUGUUAUUGCAUCUACUAUAAUGAUAAUUGUGAUUGGUUGUCGAUUAAGAGUGAUGCGUAAUCGUCAUCGAAAAGGAAGCAAACAGUCAUACGCUUAUGACGCAGACUUUUUAAUUAAUGGCAUGUAUUUAUAAAUGUAUAAUAACAAAAAAUGAAAAUGCAUAUUGUGAUUUAUGAACAUAUACUUU